AUGGUUUUUAAAUUCUCAGUAGAUGAUUUAUUUGAUAAUCAUCUACCUCCAAGUCAAUUAUAUAAAUUUCCUCGUGUUUUAUCAUUUUUUUUAGGAUAUCAUAAACCACCUCAUAAACCAGCAAAUGAUUAUUGGAUAUGGUUAGAAAUUUUAAUUGGAUCAUUUUGUGGAUUAUCUUUAAUUAUGGGUAUAUUUAAAAGUCCAAAUAUUUUUUCAGAAUAUCAUCAUGCUCCAAUAAUAUUAGCAAGUUAUGGUGCAUCUGCCAUAUUAUGUUUUAAUGCUUCUCAAGUUCCUUUAGCUCAACCAAGAAAUGUAUUAGUAGGGCAUUUUUUAAGUGCUUGUAUUGGAAUGGGUAUACAAAAAUUAUUUUAUUUAAGUGAAGGAGGUAGAGAUCAUAUGUGGGCAAGUGCUGCAAUUAGUGUUUCAAUAAGUUCUGUUAUAAUGUCUAUAUGUAAUUGUAUUCAUCCUCCUGCAGGUGCAAGUGCAAUUUUACCAAGUAUUGAUGAACAAGUUAGAUUAAUGAGUUGGUGGUAUUUACCAGUACAAUUAAUAAGUUCAUCAUUAAUUAUAACUGUUGCUUGUAUUACUGGAAAUAUAGUUAGAAGUUAUCCUGUUUAUUGGUGGAGUGCUGGAGCUGGAUUAGAACAAAAAAAACAAAGAAUGGCUAAAUUAACUGCAAGUGAUGAAGAAACUAAAAUUGAUUCAAAUGAAGAAAUUGAUAAAAGUGGGAAAGAAAAAGAAGAAGUUGAUAAUUCAAGUAAUUCUGAUGAUAUGUUAUAUCAUCCAGAAACAAAUAAUUUAAUACCUGUAAGAACAAAUGAAACAGGUAUAAAUAGAUAUAAAAAUGAAAAUAAAAUAAUAAUUACAAGUACUUCAAUAUCUGUACCUGAAAAUUUAGAUUUAGAAGAAGUUGAAAGAGAUUUUUUAUUAUCAAUACAACUGAAAUUAUUUGAUUUAAAUCUGGAAACUUUAAGUAGAACACAUACGCGGAAGAGUAGUCACUAA